UGUCAGUGGGGAAGAAGAGGAGGGAGGACCGCCUUGCUUUUUCCCUUUUCCUCCCCCUCCUCUUCUUAUCAGUAUGUGUGAGACGGAGAGAGGAUCAGUAGGUGAGCGGACGGAGGAUUAACAACGGCGACGGUGGCUAUGGGGGAAGAGAAACAGGGAACUAGACCGGGAUAGAGAAAGACACCAAGGAGUGAGUGGGUAAAACAGAAAGUGAGAGACCGGAGAGUACAGCAACUAGGAGUCCACUUGGAGCGAGGACGUGCGCUUGUUUCUGGAAUUGGGUGGACCCCUCGCUCGGAAGACUCGACAUCGACCACCACAGCUACCAUGUACAGUGGAUAUGGAGGGAGUCCAUCCCGAACCCUCUCCACCAUGUCGCUGUCUGUUCGCCCAGCCAGGCGCCUCAACUCCAGAGCCAUCACUAGGAGCCAGAGCUUCACUGGAGUCAACACCUACGACAAGGCCUACAGGAACCUCUCGGUGUUCAGCGCUCCGGGUCUCAGCAGGAAGCCCAGCAGAGCCAGCAGGAUGUUCACCAUGUCCAAGUCCAACCCACCACCUAAGGUUCCUCAACCGGAGCGACUGGAUCUGGUCUACGAGGCCCUGAAGAAAGGCCUUCAGUCCUACCUGCAGGUUCAUCAGAUGGACUUGGACAGCCUCAGCAGACAGAUGAAAGAAUCAAAGAGGAACUCCAGACUGGGUUUCCUGUAUGAACUGGACAAGCAAGUGAAGGUGACUGAGAGGUACAUAAGACGACUGGAGUUUCACCUCAGCAAGAUCGAGGAGCUGUAUGACGCCUACUGCCUGCAUAGGAGACUCCGGGACGGAGCCAGCAAGAUGGUGAAGGCUUACACUGCCUCUCAACUCAGCAAGGAGGCCAGGGAGAGUUUAGCAGAAGCCAAUAAAGGAUACAAAGAGUACACCGAGAACAUGUGUUUGUUGGAGAGCGAGUUGGAGAACCAGCUGGGGGAGUUCCACAUCAGGAUGAAAGGUCUGGCUGGAUUUGCUCGAUUAUGUGCUGGUGACCAGUAUGAGAUCUUUAUGAAGUACGGUCGGCAGCGGUGGAAGCUCCGAGGCAGAAUAGAGAUCAACGGAAAACAGGUGUGGGACAGUGAAGAGAUGGUGUUCGUGCCGCUCGUCAGUGACUUCCUGUCUGUGAAGGUGACAGAGCUGAAGAGCUUAGCCAAUCACGUGGUUGUAGGGAGUGUUUCCUGCGAGACCAAGGAUCUGUUUGCUGCACUCCCCCAGACGGUUGCCGUGGAUAUUAAUGACCUUGGGACUAUUAAACUAAGCCUCGAAGUCACCUGGAAUCCAUUUGAUAAAGAUGACCAGGGGUCAGUGGCAAGCACAGUCAACAAAGCUCCAACCGUCAGUAAGAGAAUCUCCACCAUCUUCAACCAGAGUCCUCCUGACACGCCAUCUUUACGUGAACAAGCCUUCUAUUCUCUGCCUCGAAGUCUGAAUAGGCGGCAGCACUGGCCGCUGCUGGACAUCUUCAGAGACACGCUUAGCCAGAGCUGUUCCUGUAGUGACAGCUCACCAACAAGACCACCCACUGCAAACAUGCUCCGCCGCCACGAAGAGGUAGACAACGGGACAGCGUGGUCUAAUUCAUCAGAAUCUUCUGAUGACUCCUCCAGUCCUCGGCUCUCUGUGGGAGGGCUACACGACUCUACGCACCACAAGUCAGUGGUGGUGACACCAGACAUCCAGCCAGCUGUGAGCGGGAGUUCCUCCCCGCAGCCUGACAUCUCGUUCUGCCCCAGAGACUCCGCCUCCUCAACUCCAAACUCCACCCACAAAGUCAGCACCAUCAGGGAGGUUCCCAACACAUCCGGACACCAAGCACAGAGGGACAGGGAAGAGGAAAAGGGGACGGUCACUGUGGUGACGAGACCUGACAGCGAGGAAAAGGACGCAGGGAAACGGUCUUCCACAACAGCGGAUGGGGCGGCCAACAGCCACGCCUCCCGCAGCUACUUGCGGUCCCUCAGCCACAUCAGUGAAAACAGCGCCGACGGCAUCGUGUUGACGGACAGGUCAGCCGAAUCCGGAGAGGUGAUGUCUUUGGCCUUGGGGCUGUCCGCCAAUGACAUUGAGAUGGAGCUGCCCAGCAGAACUCCUGAGCCGCCCAGCUGUGCUGCCUCAGACUCCUCAGACAUGUCACCAACGCCCGACGACGUCACAGAUCAGCACAGGAAGCAACAGGACACAUCCAGCACUGUCCUGUCACCCUCCCCUCCCAGGACUGAAGUAGUGGAGUCGAACACUCCGUCACAGAUGAACACACACCCACCGCCAGAGAGCAACGCGGUCCCAAAGAGCAACAUGCACCCAGAGAGCAACGCGGUCCCAGAGAGCAACGCGCGCCCAGAGAGCGGGGAUGUGACGUACAUAGCCCGGCGGGUGUCGGUGGAGGAGGAGACGGCGGCUGCAGGAGCAGAUUGUCUGUCUGGGGAGGGUGACGGUCUUGUGGACAGUGGGCUGGAGGAUGCCCUAGCAGCUGUGGUCUCCUCUCUGGAUGAUUACAGAGGACAGUUCCCUGAGUUACAACUACUGGAGCAAGAGCUGAAGCUGCUGCAGGUCACGCUGAAGGGCGGUAGGCACAGCCGGUCGCCCAGCGUGGUCAGCCUCACAGUGGAAACGGCUCUGUGCAGCUUCGACUUCCUCAACACGUCUGACUGGGAGGAGGAAGAGGAGGAUAAGGGCAACAAGAGGAGUAGGAGUGGCAGGUCUCUGCAGGACAGGGGCUGGAACAGCCCCACGUCCCCCCUCACCACAGGCUGCACCACUUUAGACCUCUCCCUGGUGGUCCACCUGGAGAACUGCAGCAUUCAGCUGUUGUGUCUGGGGAUGUUCGGCCCGCUGCGCUGUGGGGAGAUGUACGCCUUGGACAGACUGCUGAGAGAGGCUCGAGUCCUGGAAAUCAUCCGACGCGUCGCCAACGGCAACCCCAACCGCCUCAGACAUCCUGCUGACGUGAUACCACAGCUGGGCCUGUGCUUGGGUGCUGUGUCACUAUGGCAACAGUGUGUGGGGCAGGGCAGCGUGUACAGCGUGUCUGCAGAGAGCUUCCUAAAUACGCUGUCUACAGUCUACUCCGGGAUUCUGCCGGAGAGGGCCGGCAACAUGGCCGACACAGUGUUCCUGAGUCUGGUCGAGCGAGUGCUGGAUCAGAGGUUACCGCGGCGGGGCGGUAGCAGAGACGGAGUGAUGGUGACGCUGUUCCAGCUGUGGAGUUACUUGGAGGCUAACAGCAUUAUAGACAUGGAAACACUCAUCACCGAGCUGGCAGAAGAAGUGUGGUUGGUGCAGAGCCUGGCGUCAUGUGACCAGGAUGUGAUCGUGCCCGCUCUGCGGCGUCCUGCAGAGUGCAGCCUGAGGAGGGAGGGGCUUCACGCUGUGGCCAAACUACUGAAAGACCCCCGAGGCAAAGUGUCGGCGUCCGCCAGCUCCGUGCUGAGGAGCCUGGCUGCCCAGCCCCCACAGAGAGAGCAGGCCUUGGUCAGCUGUCUGGAGCUGCUGGAAGACGAGGACGUGGACACCAGAGUGUGCGGCUGCAAGGCCUUAGCUUGUCUCAAGGCCAAAGAGAGCAUUGACCAGUUGGUGUAUCUUUGUCGGACGGACAAGGACGAAGUGCGAGAUGCUGCCAAACAAGCGCUGCUAGUGCUGGGAGAGGAGGGGAAGAUGGCCUACAGACACGUGGAGACGUCCCAGGACAGCAUACCGAGACUCUUUGCUCCAGGAAGCAUGGCCAGCACCGCUUUCUAACACACACACACACACACACACACACACACUACUACCACUAAAACACAUAUACACUAUAUACACUGUCAGAGAGGUUGCAAUAGUACUCCCAUCGAGAACAGCAACUCUACUUCACACUGGGCAAACCUUUAAAGUCAGUAAGCUACAACCUCAGCGGUUUGUGUUCAUCUCCAUGUGCAAACUGCUCAGUUGGACUGAAGAAUGUACAAUGUGAGCAGGCUUGAACGGAAGGAGGAAGGGUGGAUUUGAAGGAUGAAGUGGAUGCUGAGAAACUCAUUCAUCUAUGUCCCAGAAAACAAAUCCAAAUAUGUUAGCAAAGGUCUAGAGAGCUAUUUAUAGUCCCUUUGUUCAAUAAUUCACACUUUGAUGGCCUACUAAGUGCCCAGAAUGUUGAGUUUCUUGUUGUAGUUUGAUUAGUCUCCCCUUGGUCCCUUAUAGGCAUAUGUAGACUCCGCCCAUUAAAUUAAACCACUUCUCCUAAUGGAUACUGACGGCUCUAGUUUAGGCUUGGACCCCUUUUUGAACACUCAGACCUGCCUGCAAAGUGAAGCACAUAUUAUCUCAUACAGUUCUGCCUUUACUAAAGCCACUGGCUCUCUACUUACGCUGGCUGAUUUCAUCUUUUGCCGGAUGGCUGUGGUGACCUGCACCGUGUUGCAGUCUAGACUACUACAGACCAGUCCACGGCCUAAUGGUUUUGAGGCCGAGUCCAUAUGGAACCAAAUCAAGACCGAGACCAAAAAAGGAAACCAGUGCCCAUUCAAAGUCCUUCACACUGUUGUUUUUCACUGUUUUUUACCUGCCUAACUGUUGCAUAGUUUGCCAAGCGUGAUUUGUGAUUACUGCUCCUAGAAAUCACAUAGUAUUAGAAACAUAGUAUUCUUGCACAGUAUUUAUGCGACAUGGGACUGAGACCAGACUCAAGUACUACGGCCCUGAACUGCAACCCUCCAGAAUGGAGAAGCUGAAACGGUAACCACUUCACUGGCGCAUUAAAACACUGUGAUGGACUCAAAUAGGAGGAAGUAUUGCUUUGUUCUUCAAAUAAAGUUCUGAACCCGCAUGUUUAGUGAGGUCACAGCGACCUUUGACCACCAAAUGGUAAUCACUUCACCCUCAAGUCCAAAUUGACCUUUGUGCAAAAUGUGAGGAGCUUCCCUUAAAGGCGUUCCUGAGCCAUCAGAGAACUGGAAACAGAUUUGAAGGCGGAGCUCCGCUUAUUCCUAUGAAAGUUUCCUUGAAGCUGCUCAUUCACAUGAACGGAGGAAGGAAAGGAACUCUGGAUUCAGCUAUCAGUGCAUUUCACAACUUGUAGGACCCAAUGAUUUAAAUGAGCACUGGGAAGUUGAUUUACCCUAAAGAGAAAAGAAAUGUGUGAGUGUUUUUGGGCCCCGCGGCAUCACAUGGCCGACCCAGAGGUACCGAGGUUCAGCCACUAUCUUCAAAGCUCUUCCUGGGGACGAACUGAAAAACACAACUCCUCACACAAGAAAGAGCGAUUGUUCUACUUCCAAGGUGUCGUCUGACUCCAUCUAAAAUUGUCCCACAUAACGUGUGUGUGUCAUAAGCUGUAAGGGCGUCAACACGAGGCUUCAGCAAAUGGCACUUUUUGUCCAGGCAUUGAAAAAGAAACAUAAGGAAAUCCCCCAAAAAUAUGGAAGACUCCUUGAAGAUCUUUUUUGGAGUGCAAGUCCUCGUCCCUGCUGAGCGCGCACGCAUCACAGCGGGCAUCACAUCCUCGCCUGGGAGGUUGACUUUGGAGUGACCUGCAGGUCACAGGACUGUUGAUGGGCAAUUGGACUGCAUUUGUGGACUUGAUGGGAACAUAUAGGCAUAUGGCUCGGCCUGUGAAGCCCGGUGUAAUGGGGAGCGGCGACGCGUGCUGGAGGUUCAGCAGCUCACACUCUUCUACUGAAAUGACUUCCAAGUCAAGAGGUCCGAGUGCAACAUGUUGACUGACUCGCAGCCUUCAUGUGGAACGCUGACUGCUGCUGGCACCAGAUGAAAAAGACUCACGUUGUAGCUCUGCUUGUAACUGUAGGAACGGUAUUAAGCUGCUUUCAGCGAUCCAGUGCCAUUACUGUUUAUAAUAUUGACAUAUCAUAUUCUUUAUGGAAAUACAUAUAAAAUGACUGUAUGCCACUGGAAUUCAA